AUGGCUGAAUCAUUUGUGUUUGAUAUUGCUGAUUCAUUGCUUGGAAAGCUUGCUUCAUAUGUUUGUGAAGAAGCUUCUCGAGCCUAUGGUGUUUACGAAGAUCUUCAAGGAAUCAAAGACACUCUAUCAAUUGUCAAAGGACUUGUAUUGGAUGCUGAAGAAAAGAAGAACCAACAACAUGCCUUGCGUGAAUGGAUGAGACAGAUUCAAAACAUUUGUUCUGAUGCUGAAAAUGUAUUCGAUGGAUUUGAGCUGGAACACAAGAAAAAGCAAGUUCUAGAAGCUUCUAGCAGCACUCGGCUGAAAUAA